AUGACUAGUUAUCCGAACUAUCAACAGCAAUUCCCGCAACCCAAUCCGCCGUAUCCUUAUGACGAUGCACUGACUACGCUUAAAAUCAAUUUAGUUGUUAUGGGAAUAAAAGAAAAAACACUGACCCGUGCUGCAAAUACCGAUGUUCAUUUGAAAUACGAUGAUGAUGGAUUCAGUAUCUUAAUGGAAAUUUUCAAAAUGAACAAGAAGUCAAAACCACCGAAGAAAACUGUCAUAGACACUAGGUAUUUUGAAAAGAGAAGGCUGCCGGGGAAAAUAGCGAAAUGUGAAUUUAAGCUCAAGAAGAACCAGUGCGUAGUGCUUAUACAUAAGGCUGCUCCAGGACUAUGGGGCAAUGCCCUCAGCUCUUCUGCACUGUUAUUUCUUACAUAUUUCGGAAUGUUCUGA